CCUACCUACGAGCACCAAGUUUGUUGUUUUCAUCCGCGAAAUCGCUUCUACUGCGUCUGUCCACCGAAAAUUGGCUCUUUCAAAUGAACUCGCGCGCACACACACUCUUCAAGAGAAUCGGAGAGUCGAGUCGUCGUGUGUUUUUAGUGUUGUCUCUGCGGUUUGGGGUGAAGAAAAACAUUUGUUUUUGGACACGUCGCGGGAUUGCUGCACUCUAUCAUCAUCACUGUUCUGAAAGGGCCUUGUGAUCGCGGACGGUUUUCGCAACCGAGAGUGUGGUCACCUGUUUGCGGUGUUCCGGGGAACUUUGUGAAGGGCUUUGCAUUUGUAGAUGUGGCCGGGGUUGAGGUGGAAAGUUUGAGGGUAAAUUUUGCAGACUAGGCUAUAAAACUCGCAGUCAAAAUGGACGAGACCUGGAUGUUGCUGCUGCUGGUGAUUGUAAUGCUGGUCGGGUCCUACCUGGCCGGUAAUAUUCCGCUGGUCGUGACGCUUUCGGAGGAAAAGCUUAAAAACGUGUCCAUCUUCGGCGCUGGAUUGCUGGUGGGAACCGCGUUGACCGUCAUCAUUCCCGAGGGUAUUCGAUCACUGUACGAUGAGAGCAAGUUGGAAGCAGCUGCCGCCAAGGAGACCUCGGAUGCCCCUGGCCACAAGCAUUCCGACGAUGAGCACUCGUCUGCGAUCGGACUCUCGCUCGUUCUCGGCUUCGUGUUCAUGAUGCUGGUCGACCAAGUUUCAUCCCGGCGAAAAGAGGGCUCCAACGAGCGCAACCUCACGGCCACGAUCGGCCUGGUGGUGCACGCGGCCGCCGACGGAGUCGCUCUUGGUGCCGCAGCCACCACUAGCCACUCGGACGUCGAAAUCAUCGUAUUUCUCGCCAUCAUGCUGCACAAAGCCCCCGCCGCCUUCGGCCUGGUCAGCUUCCUGCUGCACGAGGGCAUCGAGCGCCAGCGGAUACGGAAGCACCUGCUGAUCUUCUCCCUGUCCGCGCCCCUUCUAACCCUGCUAACCUACUUCGGCAUCGGCAGCGAGCAGAAGGAAACUCUGGAAUCGCUCAACGCCACCGGCAUCGCGAUGCUCUUCUCCGCCGGAACGUUUCUGUACGUGGCUACGGUGCACGUACUCCCAGAGCUGACGCACAACACCGGAGGCGCUCACGGCGGCCAUCGCGGCCACGACUACAGCCUCCUAGAGCAAGCCGGCGGCAAACCCCCCGUCGCCCCGAACGGUCUCAAAAACUCCGAACUCUGUCUGCUCAUCCUGGGCGCCCUCGCGCCCCUCUUCCUCACCAUCGGACACCACCAUUGAGCGCGGUGCGGACCCAUCCGGAAUCAUUGCCAAAUUAUCGUUUUUCAAUCGUGCUAGACUAGAGAACAAAAGCACAUCUGUGAAGAGAGACUAAUUGAGGACACGUCGAGGCUCGAGGACGAACAGGUUAAUUUUUAAUGACCUGGCACUCGGCCUAAAAGUGUCGUGUCCCCGUUGUUCCGUAAUUAUAUUCUUUUUUAUUUUUUUACACACAAAAAAAGUGCAAGCAAUGCGAAAGACUCGUUUGUUAUCGCUCGUUUUAACUUUAGUCGUAUUAAAUAAUACAUUCUAAACUCAAUUUCUUUAACCUUAGUCAGCGAAACUUGUAGCGUCGUCGCGUCGCGACGCUCAUCCACCUACCAUAAAACAAAAGUAAUUCUUGGCCAAACAGCACGAGGGUGCCCGCGAGAAAGCUUAGACGACGAAAUAAGCUUUCCCACCUUCGUCUGUACGACGAAGAGCGGCUAGAGAUGUGCGUAUGAAUGUAAUGUUUUACGAUGUUGGGCUUAACCAGCAAGCUUGUGUUAGCAGCGCAAGGACAAGGCUAGUUUUAUUGAACAAAAAAAAUGUAGCGGCGUUUGUUUCGGUUGUUGCUACUAACUGCAAUUAUAUUAUUAAAGAAUAGUGUAUACAUGUACUGAGCGUGGAAAGAGCGCGUUUCUAGAAAGGAAAUACAUUGAAUUAAGCAGUAA